CAUAUUCAGGAUUCACCAUUUCGCCGAGUCUGCAAAGGUCUCUUUCUGCGAUCAAAUGCUUUUUCCAUGGACCAUACCGCCAGAUUGACUUCACGGCAAUAGAACCAGCCAAACUCCAGCUUUUCUUCAAUUUUACAAACCUUAAUGCAUCACCAGGCACCACCACCACCCUCCUCCACCUUGGCCUCCCACUUCUCUCACCAGCCUCACACCACCAUCCCUAACCCUUUUCUAUCUUUUCCUCAGCCAGUGCUUCCCUCUGAUCUAACCUCCAGUUCAGACCUCCACCCUCCUGGAACAGACCCGUUUGCCUAUCCGGGCUCUUACCCAUCAACCCAUGUCGAACAUGGAGCACAUUUUCAGUAUUAUGUGGACCCAAAUGCAAGUUCGCAGAAUUGGGUCUCCGAACCCAUUGGAUAUGAAGCUUUUGAUUUGCAGGCUAUCAAUUCUUUAUGCGAGAAUUCUAUUGUGCCCACUAGUUCAAGUUCUUUAUGGAGCAACUAUUUGGCAAAUCAAACUUUGGCAAAAGAUGCCACAGGGAUAAUACCAAAGCAAACUGAUGUUGUUCAGUCCAAUAGGUGUGAGCUCUGCAAAAUUGAUUGUAGUGGCAAAGAGGCUUACGAGAAACACAUACUGGGAAAGAGACAUAAUAGGAAUUUGCAAGUACAAAAUAAUCCUACUACGAUGUUACCAGGAAGCUCUGUUUCAAUGAGUGACAUACCAAGCCAGGUGCCCAGUAUGGAUGGACAGACAAUAUUUGGGGCUUCAGGUUUGGUUGAUGGUAAGGAGUUGGAGACAAAGAAACGGAAGCUUUUGGCAGGUGGGGCAGCAGUUGAUUCUGUCAGGAUUUGCUCAAUAUGCAAUAUUGCUUGCAAUAGCCAAGAAGUUUUCAAUAAACAUCUGGCUGGGAAAAAACAUGCUUCUCAGGCUCGCUUAAUAUCUCUCAAUGGCGUUGGCCCAUAUAUUGCUGCAAUCAGGGCUCAAGAUGGUAGCAUUUGGAAAAAUACUCUAAAGAAAAACAAGGUCGUUCAAUCUGCUUGGUGUGAAGUCUGCAAAAUUAAUUGUAACAGCACUGAUAUCUACACCAAACACAUACUAGGAAAGAAACACCAGAAGAACUUGGAGAAACUGUCAAAAUCAAAUAAUGAUACUACUGCCCUUACCUCAAAUGCUACACCAGCCUCAACAAAUCCAGUGAUUGGACCAAUGGAAAACCCAGAGGCCAGUAAAGGCAAUAGCGUUGUACCAAAUUUGAGGAAGAAGGUAGCACUGUCACUGGCACCAGAAGAGCUGGAGAUGAAGAAACUAAAGAUUCUGCAAGGUGGAGCAGCAGCUGGAGCUCUUAGAACGUGCAGCAUAUGCAAUGUGGUGUGCAACAGCCAGAAAGUGUUCAAUUCUCACCUUGCCGGUCAGAAGCAUGCCGCCAUGGUGAAGAAACAGAUGGAAGCUGAAACUGCAACCAGAGCCGGAGGCCCUCAACUGAUAACUGCAGCAUAAACACCUUAUUUACCAGUUAUCCUGAUCAUUUUUCAAAGCUUUUUGUACAUUCUCCUUUUGCAUACUUAACAGAGCUUUGAGAAAAGCUGGCUUCUCAUAUUGUUAGAACAAAAAUGCAUAAUGUUUAGAGGGUACUCCUGUAGUAUAUUUAAAUAUUGCAACUUAUGUACCGUACAAUUUUAUGUACAGAAUGGGUGUGAUUUCUUUUC